AGUAUAUCGGUAUAUAUUCGGUAUAUCGAUAAAACCACUGCUGCUGACGUGCCUCACCGAAUUUGUUUACGUGAAAAAUAUUAAGUUCAAGGGAGAAAACCUAAUAAAACAUGCUGGAAAUACCAACGCAUAUGGACUUUGUGGGCCAAGGCAAGGCUGAGCUCUGGUCACGUCUCAUCAUCACAUUAUUCGGCGUUGUGGGCCUGAUCUACGGAGCGAUUGUGCAGCAGUUCUCACAGACGGUCUAUGUCCUGGGAGUGGGCUUCCUGUUGUCCUCACUGAUCACCAUUCCGCCAUGGCCCUUCUAUCGCAACAAUCCGCUGAAAUGGCAGAAGCCGGUCAUCACGGAGCCCAAGCCACAGAGUGGCGAAUCCAGCGAUGAGGGCAAAAAGAAAAAGAAAUAACUAUUCCAAGCUAACAUAAGUUUAACUUGUAUUUCCCUCGCAUAAUAAACACUCUCUUCUCAUACUAAA